CUCAUGGUUAUCUCAGAAGCUCGCUCCCAUCUUCUUAUCGUCCUCUUCUUCGGCUACCUCUGCAACUUUUGCUCUACUGACAAUCCUGUAAAUUUAUCCACAUCUAGCAGUUGUCCUUCCUCCUCUUGCGGUGGCAAUAACAGCGUCACCAUAAGGUACCCUUUUUGGCUGAAGGAUCCUGCCGUCGACAUCGACUUCAGCUGCCGGCUCCCGGGCUUUGGUGUCUCCUGUAGCAAAAGCGGGAAGUCCGUCCUUAGAUUCUCUAACGACGAUUACUACGUGCAAAGUAUCAAUUAUUCUCAGAAUGCCCUCACCGUCGUCAACGCCGCCCUCAGUGAACAGAGUUGUCCGAUACCACGCAAAAACGUCAGCUUAGAAGAUUCACCUUUCUCCAGCUAUGGCUCCGACAAUAAGGACCUCAUCUUUUACUUCAACUGCUCUUUGUAUCCUUCCCAUCCUACACCGGUGAAGCCUCUCUCCUGUCCGGCAAGCGAAAACCGUGAAGCAAAUCUCUCGUUUGUGUUUGUUAGAGGCGAUGACGGUGGUACGGGGUUGAACCCACCGGACUGGAAUGGGAAUUGCCAAUCGACCGUGGCGGUUAAGGUCGCUGCUGAAGUUAUGCCCGUUAGCGUUGGCGACAUCAGCGAGGCGUUGCGAAAUGGGUUUCGGUUAAACUGGAGUCCUAGUAGAGUUCGUGGGGACUGCAAGCAGUUCAGUGGGUGUUGCUGGUCUGAGGAUAUGGCCGCCUGCUCUUGCUAUUCUUCCUCGGAUGAUCGACAUAACGGCACUGACUGUAAUAAAGGCGGGCUUUGGAAUAAAGGCUCACAUAGCUUAUUAGUGCUGAUUGGUUACCCUGUUGCAUUUGUCCUUGGUGGAAUGAUACUAAUGGCUACUCUCUGUUGCUGCAUACACCAUAAGAAUGUUAAGUUGUUCUCAUUUCACGGUUCAAUCUUCCCUUGGAGAAGGAGAAUACAACACGAAGAAAAUAUUGAGGUAUUUCUGGAGAGCUACGGAUCCUUGGUUCCAAAAAGAUACAAAUAUUCAGAUAUCCAAAAGAUGACCAACUCUUUCCAGGAUAAACUCGGAGAAGGAGGUUGUGGUGCUGUGUUCAAGGGAAAGCUUGUAGAUGGCCGACUCAUUGCAGUCAAGAUCUUGGGUAUUUCUAACAGAAAUGUCGAUCUAUUCAUCAACGAAUUUGCUUCCGUCGGUAGGACAAACCAUCGCAAUAUCGUUACUCUUCUGGGGUUUUGUUUUGAGGGUUCCAAGAGAGCUCUCAUCUAUGAGUACAUGCCCAAUGGAUCUCUUGAAAAGUUGAUCUAUUUCAAAAACCCAUCUGCGGCAUUUCCUCUUGGAUGGGAAAAUCUCUACCAAAUUGCUCUGGGCAUUGCUCGAGGACUGGAAUACUUGCACCUUGGUUGCACAAUGCGCAUUCUACAUUUCGAUAUAAAACCUCACAAUAUUCUUCUGGACAGAGACUUCUGUCCAAAGAUCUCCGACUUUGGGUUGGCAAAACUUUGUCCGAAGAGAGAGAGUCUUGUAUCAGUCGCCUGUGCCAGAGGGACAGCCGGCUACAUUGCACCGGAAUUUUUCUCUCCGAGCUUUGGAGGUGUCUCAUACAAGUCUGACGUUUUCAGCUACGGAGUAAUGGUGUUAGAGAUGGUCGGAGGGCGAAAGAGCUUAGAUUUGGGAGUUGAGAAUAGCAGUGAGAUAUAUUUUCCACAUUGGAUAUAUGACCGUAUCAAGCAACCAAGUGGGUUGGGACUGGAGCGAUUUGAAGAUGGUUGCGAGGAGGAAGUAGCAAGGAAGAUGAUAUUGGUGGGUUUGUGGUGCGUACAGAUAGAUCCAGUCAGUCGGCCUUCAAUGAGUAGAGUAGUAGAGAUGCUGGAAGGAAGCAUUGAAAGCUUGCAAAUACCACCUAGACCACCUUACUUUUGAAUCCUCUUGAAGACCAACUUCUUCUUGGAAAUUGGGAGAAAGUUGAGGCAUGCAUAUUCAUUGUACCAUUAGGCUCAGCUGGAAAGAGUACAAUUGCAAAUAUGUACUGAGUGCGAAGUUAUGGCUUCUAGACACUUGUAUAUAUAAACUUUCAACUUGCAAUUCAUUAACAGGGUCAAGCGUGUCAACAGUUUAGCCACUGGGUCGAUCAAGUUCUGACCAAAUGAGGGUUGAGGUUGGCCUAAACCAAAAUUAUGGCUGAGUGAUGAUUCUAAUUGUAUGAUUGGCCGGUUUGCAAAUA